GAGAGCCGUCCAAUGGCCCCUCGCAAGCUCAAUACUUCACUGAAUUCGCUAUCCAUGGCCCCUGGAAUCCCUCUGCUUCUCACCCCCUCCUCAUCAACAUCAUCAGAAAAAUUCAUCUUGGUUCAUGCCGGGUUGCUCGAAGGUAUGUGAAUGGUAGAGGUUCCAAUGAGCUAUGGAGGAGUGGGUUGAGUUCUGAGAAUGUAGUUGAGGUGCUUGAGAGUAUGCCUGACCCAGAGCAGGCUCUUGAUUUCUUCGAAACCAUUGCAAAGCAAUCAAAGAUCAUACACACAACUGAAUCCUUCAACUACAUGCUUGAAUUCUUGAGGAAACAUGGUAGAGUUGGAGACAUGGUUCAUGUGUUUGAUUUAAUGCAGAAGCAGAUUGUGAAGAGGAGUGCUGCCACCUUCUUGACGAUUUUUAAAGGCCUCGGUGUUCAGGGAGGCCUGCGAAGUGCUCCUUUUGCUCUUUCAAGAAUGAGCAAAGAGGGCUUUGUGUUGAAUGCGUUCUCGUACAAUGGUUUGAUACAUUUCCUAUUGCAGUCUGGUUUUGCCCGAGAGGCCUUGGAGGUUUACAAGAGAAUGGUGUCAGAAGGGAUUACGCCUAGUUUGAAGACCUACUCAGCUCUCAUGGUGGCACUGGGGAGGAAGAGGGAUGUUGAAACUGUGAUGAGUCUCUUGAGUGAGAUGGAGGCGUUGGGGUUGAAGCCAAAUGUUUAUACCUUCACCAUUUGCAUUAGGGCGCUUGGGCAGACUGGGAAGAUCGAUGAAGCUUAUGGACUUUUGCAUAGAAUGGAGGAAGAAGGGUGCCGGCCGGAUGUGGUUACCUAUACGGUACUUAUAGAAGUUCUUUGCGAAGCUGGGAGGCUUGAGAAGGCCAGGGAAUUGUUUGUGAGGAUGAAGUCUAGUGAUCAGAGGCCAGACAGGGUGACUUAUAUUACAUUGUUGGACAAGUUUGGUGAUGCUGGAGAUUUGGCAUCUUUGUGGGAGUUUUGGAAGGAGAUGCAAGCAGAUGGUUACGAUGCAGAUGUUGUUGUUUAUACAACCAUCAUAAAUGCUUUGUGCAAAGAAGGGAAAAUUGAUGAAGCAGCCGAAUUCUUGGAUGCGAUGGGCAGAAAGAAUAUAUGUCCAAAUCAGCACACUUACAACACAUUCAUUGGUGGUCUUCUCAGAGUAAAUAGACUCCAAGAAGCUCAAGAGCUUUUCAACAAAAUGGAUGACCAUGGUCCAAAACCCACUGCUUAUACUUACAUCCUUUUCAUUGACUACUACAGUAAGACCGGAGAAAUUGAGAAAGCCCUUCAGACAUUUGAGAAUAUGAAGAGAAAGGGGGUUGUUCCUGAUAUUAUUGCUUGUAAUGCAUGUUUGUAUGGUCUUGCCGAGUCAGGCAGGCUUGCAGAGGCAAAAGAUGUCUUCUAUGAACUGAGAGCUACUGGCCUUACUCCAGAUGCUAUCACCUAUAAUAUGAUGAUCAAAUGCUAUAACAAGGCUGGGAAGGCUGAUGAAGCUAUCAAGAUGUUCUCUGAAAUGAUAGCACGUGGAUGUGAUCCGGAUGCAAUUACUGUCAACUCUUUGAUUGACACACUCUACAAAGCAGGUAGGGAGGAUGAAGCUUGGCGUAUGUUUCAAAGUAUGAAGGCAAUGAAUCUUGAGCCCACUGUUGUGACAUACAACACACUCUUGGCUGGUUUAGGAAACGAAGGUAAAGUUCAAGAGGCGAUGGAGUUGUUUCGUGAAAUGGGUAGUCAUGGUUGCCCUCCAAAUACCAUUACAUACAACACACUCUUGGAUUGUCUAUGCAAAAAUGGUGAUGUUUGUGUGGCAUUAAACUUGCUCAAUGAGAUGGAACAAAAGAGUUGCACCCCUGAUCUUCUAUCAUACAACACUAUCAUGCAUGGUUUAGUUACAGAUGAUAGAAUAGAUGAAGCAUUGUUGCUCUUUCAUCAUAUGAGCAAACUUUUUGCGCCUGAUUUCAUAACUUUGUGCACUCUGCUCCCCGCUAUUGUGAAAAGCAAUCUUCUGGAGGAUGCUUUGCAGAUCACUCAACAGUAUACUCUCUUGCCUGAUGCCCAAGCAGAUAGGUCUUCUUGGGAAGCUCUCAUGGAGGGGAUCUUGAAGGAAGCCGGACUUGAACAGUCAUUUGAAUUUGCUGAGAGAAUUGCCACCAGUGGUGUUUGCUGGAAGGACUUCUUAUUGUUCCCUCUCAUUAAGUUUCUUUGCAAGCAGAAGGAAGCUCUUAGUGCUUAUGAACUAUUCAAGAAGUUCAAGAAACAUGGAAUUUCACCAACAGUGGAAGUAUACAACUCUCUUAUUGACUGUCUUCUUGAAGGGCACUUCACUGAUAUGGCUCAAGGACUUUUUGAGGAGAUGAAAAAUAUAGGCUGCACUCCUAAUGUCUUUACCUACAAUUCACUCUUAGAUGCUCAUGGCAAGUCUAAGAGACUGAAAGAAAUGCUAGGGCUGUAUGAAGAGAUGCUCUCUAGGAAUUGCAAAGCAAACCAGAUAACGUGCAACAUUAUCAUAUCUGGCCUUGUGAAGUCCCAAAUGUUAGAUCAGGCUAUUGAGUUCUAUUAUGAUCUAAUAAGCAGAGAUUUCUCCCCUACUCCUUGUACUUACGGACCUCUUAUUGAUGGCCUCUUGAAAUCAAGAAGAAUGGAUGAAGCAGAAAAACUUUUUGAAGAGAUGGUGGAUUGCGGAUGUAAACCAAACUGUGCCAUCUACAAUAUUCUUCUAAAUGGUUAUGGGAAAGCUGGUGACGUGGAACAGGUUUGUCAAUUGUUUGAAAGGAUGCUUAGGGAGGGGAUCAAACCGGAUGUGAGGUCUUAUACUAUUCUUAUAAAUACUCUUUGCGUUGUCGGCCGAGCAGAAGAUGCUUUUCGCUAUUUUGAGGAAUUGGUUGUGACUGGACUAGAACCUGACUUGAUCACAUAUAAUUUUAUGAUAAAUGGCCUUGGGAAAUCUCAGAGAGUAGAUAAAGCUAUGUUGCUCUUUAAUGAAAUGCAAAGAAAAGGAGUUUUACCUGACUUGUAUACUUAUAAUUCACUGAUUCUCCACCUUGGGCAAGCGGGGAUGGUUGACGAGGCUGGGAAGAUGUAUAAAGAACUCCAACUUAGAGGUAUUGAGCCAAAUGUUUUUACUUAUAAUGCAUUGAUUCGCGGUCACAGCAUUGUGGGUGAGACUGAUGAAGCUUUUGCUAUUUUUAAGAAGAUGAUGUCUGGGGGAUGCAACCCCAAUACAGGAACAUUCGCACAGCUUCCUAAUCAAUCAUGAUCAUGUAGAAUUUGUGCAUAAAUAUUAACCUUUUUGUACAUUACAAUUUUGUUCAUGUAAAGGCAACUUCUGACUAUUCCCUGUGGUUGCAGUGACUUCACUGAUAAAAUUAUUAAGCUUUUAAAUGCUGCUAUUGCAGUUUCAAGAUCA